AAUCUAGCUUGGCGUGGCUGCAGGGGAGGCCGCGGCGGGGAAAAUGGCGGACGGGAAGGCGGGAGAGGAGAAGCCUGAGAAACCGCAGCGAGCUGGAGCCGCCGGAGAACCUGAAGAAGAAGCAGAAAAACCUGUGAAAACUAAGACUGUUUCUUCCAGUAAUGGAGGGGAAAGUUCCAGUCGCAGCGCUGAGAAGCGAUCAGCUGAAGAAGAAGCUGCAGACCUCCCAACAAAACCUACAAAGAUCUCCAAGUUUGGAUUUGCCAUAGGUAGUCAGACGACAAAGAAAGCCUCAGCCAUAUCCAUCAAACUUGGAUCAAGUAAGCCUAAAGAAACUGUUCCAACACUUGCUCCAAAAACCCUUUCAGUAGCAGCAGCUUUUAAUGAAGAUGAAGAUAGUGAGCCAGAGGAAAUGCCUCCAGAAGCAAAGAUGAGGAUGAAGAAUAUUGGAAGGGAUACACCAACAUCAGCAGGACCAAACUCCUUCAAUAAAGGAAAGCAUGGUUUUUCUGAUAACCAGAAGCUCUGGGAACGAAAUAUAAAAUCUCAUCUUGGAAAUAUCCAUGACCAAGACAAUUAAAUGAUGUGUUGAAAUUGGGGUGUGGGGGUGGGUGUAAAGUUAAAAGAACAGUUUCCUUUUUUAAAGAAUGGUAUAAGACUAUCUUUGGAGCCGCCUUUUUUUUUUUUUUUUUUUUUUUUUUAAGAUUGAGUGGUACACUAAUAAAUGAGAGUUUGAAAUUAGAGGUAAUUUAUGUUUUAUAUACAGAUUUCAAGACAUUUGCUAAUUUUGUAGUUUCAUGUGAUUAGUUUCCAAAGGUUACAGAUAAUAAAAAAUCAGAAAUGGUA